CCGACCUUCCCUUCUUCGCUCGCGCUGGUUCUCGAGGGCUCUGCGUCCUGGCGUCUCCCGGGACAACCCUCGGACUCUCCCCAAUGGGAGGAAGAGGGCGGUUAAUUUAUUGGGCAGGACGGUCAGGAAAAAGGGCCAAUCUAGAGCCCGAGAUCUGGCUCAUGCAAAAGCCAAGCUCCGGCCCACCCGAAGCUGCGGCGACCGCAGAGUGGGUUUGGGGCUGGCGAUGGGGCGCAACGACCACCUGCAGUCCAUGGAGUGGGGGAGGGAGGCCGCGUCCACUUUGGCCGAGAGUGAUACGGACAGCGGAAUUGGGGCAAGCGGGGGCGUGAAGAACCGUGGGUGUGUGAGCAGGGAAGGGAAUGUAAAAGGGGCUUCCAUCAUUGAUUUGAGAGAGUCCAUCCUGGAAGAAGAGGAAAGGGGAACUCCAUCCCCAGAGAUGCCGCAGUUCCUGGCCUUGGAAGAAGUGGAAUUGGGAGAGUCAGAUGAGAGGGAGGACAUCUCUGUAGAAGGUGAAGCAAGAAGGCAUGUUACACUGGCUUUUGUUGAGAAAGAUCCUGCGGUAUCCUUGCAAAAGUGUGCUUCUCAGCGUCAUAACAAGAAGAAGAAGAGAAGGAGAUUGGUGAUCAAUCUAUCCAGUUGCCGAUAUGAUAGUGUUCGUCGGGCAGCCAGACUAUAUGGCUUACGUGAGGGAGGAGACCAUGAUGACUGGACCCUUUAUUGGACAGACUUCUCAGUUUCCCUAGAUCGAGUAAUGGAAAUGAAAAGUUACCAGAAGAUCAACCACUUCCCUGGAAUGAGUGAAAUCUGCCGAAAGGACCUGCUGGCCAGGAAUAUGAGUCGUAUGAUAAAGCUUUUCCCUAAAGAAUUCCAUUUUUUCCCUAAAACGUGGUGUCUUCCAGCAGAUUGGGGCGAUUUGCAGAACUAUAGCAGGUCAAAAAAGUUUAAGACCUUUAUCUGUAAGCCGGACUCUGGCUGUCAAGGGAGAGGUAUAUUUGUUACACGGUCUGUGAGAGAUAUCAAGCCAGGAGAAGAUAUGAUCUGCCAGCUCUAUAUUUCAAAGCCUUUUAUUAUUGAUGGAUUCAAGUUUGACCUUCGGAUUUAUGUGUUAGUGACCUCCUGUGAUCCUCUCAGGAUCUUUGUGUACAAGGAAGGCCUAGCUCGGUUUGCCACGACCUCUUAUUCUAAUCCCUCUUCAGAUAACUUGGAUGAUAUAUGCAUGCACCUGACUAACUAUUCUAUCAAUAAACACAGUUCUAAUUUUGUACGGGAUGGAAACUCUGGCAGCAAGAGGAAGCUCUCCACCUUCAAUGCCUACAUGGACAAACUUGGCUGUGACACGGUGAAGAUGUGGCGAGAUAUUGAAGAUAUAAUCAUCAAGACCUUGAUUACUGCUCACCCUAUAAUUAAGCACAACUAUCAUACCUGCUUCCCCAACCACAUCAUGAAUAGUGCCUGUUUUGAAAUUCUGGGCUUUGAUAUUCUGCUGGACAGAAAACUUAAACCCUGGCUUCUGGAGGUCAAUCACUCUCCAAGCUUCUCUACCGACUCCCGGUUAGACAAAGAAGUAAAAGACAAUCUGCUGUACGACACCCUAGUCCUGAUCAACCUGGGAGCCUGUGACAAGAAGAAAGUUGUAGAGGAAGCGAGGCGGAGGGCAAGGUUUCUUCAGGAUAUCCGCUCCAGGGAGAUCAGGAUAGAGGAAUUAAAGAAUUACCAGGCUUCGUGGCUGGAGAAAAUAGAGCGUUAUGAGAAGGAAAAAAGCGGAGGCUUCCGGAGGAUCUAUCCUGAGUUUGGGUCUGAAAAGUAUCAGAAAUAUUUUCAUCACAGCAAUUCACUCUUUCAAAACACAGUGGCCUCCAGAGCCCGGGAAGUCCACACCCGGCAGCAGAUCCAGGAAUUACGGCUGAAGCAGGAGAAGAAAGCCUUCUGUCAUAAGGAGAAGAAGAAUGAAGUUCAGGGUGAAUCAGCAGGCGAUGGGACCAGGGUGUCUCUCCCAAAGGAGACAAAACAAAGAGCUCCCGUGUACAGCGCCAGACAACUCUCUACUUCCUCCAUGUUGCUGCCCUGUACAUCCAUCUUGGGCUCAAAGUCAAAGUCGAAGGCAAAGAAAAAUGAAACUGAGUCUCUGAAAUGCAUAGAACCCUUCAGCUCCUAUGAGGAGAGCCCCAAGCUGGAGGCCAAUGCCGCCUUUCCAGAGAAAGCUGGUGUGUGUCACUAUAGCUCUGUGCCAGACCUAAGGAAGGAGCUGUUUACCAGCACAGAAAAGCAGGAGCCCUGGAAACCCAUCUCUGCAAAUGCCGAAGGAUCCAAGUCAUUCUCUGAUCUUCUUGCUUUGGUGGAGAGCUCAUCUAUGACCAGUGGCUAUCCCCUACAGUCCCCAGAGCCACUGCCAACCCUAAACACAUCCCCCAGACCCAUGUCAACUCAGUGCAUCCACUUGGACGUAGACAGUCCCCUCGAGUUGCUCGACAGGUCACAGAAGUUUGCCCAGAACUCAUGCCAAGAGAAAGCGACAUCUUCCACCAAGCCCCAGAACUUGUGGUGCCACCGGUCACAAAACUGGAACUUCUCAAGCUCUGAGGGCAACAAGAAGCAGUUCCUAAUGUCCAGGCUGAUUAACGGGAUCCCCCUAGGGGCAAAAUUCUCCUUCCCAACCAACUUCAACCCAAAGCUGUUGCUGAAGAAACAAACAAAAGCUGCCUCCCAGCACCGUGGCUGCAGGAGCCAAAGUUCAAUCGAGAAGAGAUCCCUGGAGGGUGCCAGCUUACAGCUGCUCUUCCCGAGGCCAAAGAGCCAGCAGAUGCCUAAGAGGGACCUGCUGGUGAUCGCCACACCUGCCAGGCUUGAUCCAAGGCCUCACAAAAGCAGCAAGAUUACAGGGAGGGAUCGCAGUGGUGGGCAAGACCGGGCACCUUCCAGGGGCUCCCCAUCCUCCAGCAAGGAAACUACCUAGAAGACUAGGUAGGCAGGACUGACUGUUGUCAGAAUUUUCCUGUAGGAAGUUCCUUCCCUGCACCACUGAUGAUAACACACCCAGUAACACCCACUACCUCACUUUCACUCAUAUCCUAAGUCAGGAAUGCCAGGAAUUCACCUCACAAAGACCAAAUUCUGCCUGCAGUUAAGGAGGCGAUUUUGAUGCUCAUUUUUGAGGUACUGUGGACAGGGGGCAGAGAUGAGUGGCCAAAACCGGGCCGUCUCAGUCAAUAGGCUUGCAGGUGGGCAUAACAUCGUGGCCUUAUAGGCUGGGGGUAGUCUGAGCAUGGAGACUUUAGAGAAUCACCAGUAUCUAUCACACGGCAGAAUAUGGGGAGAUGGAAGAAGAUGGCAACAACGUCUAUUAAAUGCUUAGAGCAUUUUGAAGGAAGGCCGUAUGAAAGAUUGAUGGGACUUUUUUUUUAAAGCAGCAUACAUCUGGAGAUGCUGCUAUCAAUUGUCAUCAAGUGGGGGGCACAUGCUUUGGGGUGGCUUUCUCCACAAUGAGAGUGAAUUUUGCCGAGCCAUUAUAUACUUACCCCUGGCCCUUCUAGUGACCCUCUAGUCCCUCUAGUGACCCGCAGCACAGAUGGCAAGAUGGUCAGGCAUCAAGCAAAGCUAACCAGCCCUUAAAGAACUCUGACCCAUGCUACCUGUCUUAACCCGGGCCACAUUUUCAUUAACUGGCCCAGAUAGCUUCUGGGAUUUUCUGGUAUGGGUGGGUAGCUCUUUCAGGCUGGACUUCACAGAUUGCUUUCCCCUCAAGUGGGGUCCAUAGAAGUUCAGGGUUGAGUCCACAUCUUUGAAAGUUCAGAAACUUGAGUCUGUCGAUAUGUCCUGAGGCGAUCAAGGAUUUGGAUGACCGACUCUAAGCAAAUUCACGAGGGAUUAAUUUAUAAGCUGAUGUGCCUAUAUUUCUCUUGCUUAUUUCCAAUGGGUCUGAAGGGUGGC